AUGUCUCAAGCUACCCUCGAUGCUGGAGCUCUCGAUGAGUUGAACUCUGUCGAGACUCGAAUUUUGUUCGACACAACCGACAAGCUUUCCUCGCUUGGCAUCGGCAAGAUCGUCAAUCUCCCCCAAAUCAUCGUCGUGGGGGACCAGUCAUCCGGGAAGUCAUCUGUCCUUGAGGCCAUCUCUCAUGUCAAGUUCCCGGUUAGCUCGGGCUUGUGUACUCGUUUUGCCACAGAGCUGGUCCUCCGCAACGGCACCCAAAGACGCAUCAAGGCCACCAUUCGGUUCCACAACGAUGUAAAACCUGCACAGGAGAUACGGGUCGACUUUUCUGAGGGAGAAGACAUUGGCAAAGUCGUCGCGGCUGCCAAAGAGCACAUGGGCCUCACCGAUUCCAACAGAGGAUUUUCCAAGGACGUUCUUCGUCUGGAGGUCGAAGGUCCAAACUUGUACCCUCUCACCCUGGUCGAUCUGCCUGGAAUUUUCCACACCGCGACAGCAAAGCAGUCGGCGGAGGGUAGAACGACCGUCAUGGAGCUGGUGGAGAGUUACAUGGAAAAGAAGAACAGCAUCAUUCUCGCCGUCAUAUCAGCGAGUAACCAGCUCGCCAACCAAAGAGUGCUGGAGGAGGCCGCGAAACACGACCCUGCCAGAGAGCGUACGCUUGGUGUCAUUACCAAGCCAGAUCUACUCCACCCAGGAUCUCCAGACGAACUCGAGUAUCUUCAAGUAGUCAGAGGUCGCGAGGUCGUUCACAACCUCCAAUUGGGAUGGCAUGUGUUACGCAACCUUCCAGAUUACGGUUCAUCAGAGGCAGAUGCUGACUCUCGGGACGUGGUCGAAAGGAAGUUUUUCGAAUCUGGAUCCUGGGCUUCCAUACCGAUAAUCCAUCGAGGUAUAUCUGCUCUACGGAAACGUCUUAGCCAUAUUCUUCAUAAUCACAUCAAGAAAAACCUUCCAAGUGUUCUUGAAGAGAUUCAGGGAAAGCUUGCUGAUAAUGAGGCUGAGCUCGCACGCUUAGGGCAGGCCAGAUCCAGUGCUACAAGUAUGAGAGCAUAUCUCGUGGACAUUGCGGGAGAGUUCGAGAGACUCGUCCGCGACGGCCUUCAGGGCCAUUACAGUGACCCGUUCUUCGGCGGAUUUGAUGGGACUGAUCGGAAGUUGCGCUCUCACCUACGAAAUUUCAAUCGAGCCAUUCGUCACAUCCUCAUUAUGCAGGGUUCAUUGCAGAAGAUUUCCCCGGGCGUUUCUGGUCCCAGAAGACGGAAGAUCAUGCCUCUACAUCUCGAAGAGUUCCUCGAAAAGCAUCCGUACGACCUUCCCAUGCCAGAACCAAUCACUUGGUCAGAGAUGGCCACUCAAUUGGAGCGGCAAGCGGCCGCAAAUCAGGGUACCGAGUUUCCCGGAUAUGCCAACACGACCUUGAUUGUGCAGCUGUUUCAGAGACAAUCGAAGCCCUGGGAGGCCAUCGCCAGGCUACACUUGAAGAAAGUCGUCAUUGUUGCGAAGGCAUUCGUAGACCAGGCGUUUGAGCACGUCGCUGGGCCCUUGGGCACUUGCAGUACCACUUCCACUAUUUUGUCGACUUGCGUCGAUCCUUUUUUCGAUGCAAAGGAGGAGAUUCUCGAGAACAAGUUGCGGGAGCUUCUUCGACCCAUCCAGGAGGGAUAUGCACUACCUCUUGACGCUGACUUUCAGGAAGCUGUGGAUCGCAGGAUUUCUGAUCGUGACUUGGAGGAUGCCUCAGGGGAGUCCGACAAUGAUAAUUCAGACGACGACAGCUCGGAAGGAUCACAACGUACGGGAACAGACCUACCACAUCGACGCACUGAGUUUGGCACCGGGUGGGCCAUAGAAACAAUGCAAACGUUCUACGAAAUGACGUUGCGCACAUUUACAGAUAACCUGAUCAACCUUGCGUUAGAAAGCUGUCUUAUACAAGAGCUUCCAAGAAUUCUAACGCCAAAGGACGUCAACGCAAUGGAUGAUGCAAGGUUAGAGGAGCUCGCGGCCGAGUCGGAGGAAAUUCGUGUGCGACGCACACAGCUGCAGAGCGAUAUCAAGCUGCUCAAGCAAGGACUGGAUCAAUGCCGCCGAUAUAGGCCCAGAGGCGUGACAAGUAAGCAUAUCUCCGUGCCGUUCCAACUGAAAGACUGA